AUGUCUCUCGCACUCUUCCCUCGGACGGGGAACUCCCUGCUACAACGGGGCCUCAAUCUACUCGCCCCAGCAUCCUGUCGAUGGGCUUCGACCCAACCCAGCGACAGCCAACGUAGCAGCGGCCAGCGGUCAACUUUUAUUUCACCAAUCCGAAGCCCGUCGAGUACUUCAGCGAGAACGAAAGCACUCGCCGCCAAACGUACUGCGCGAACUACGCAUCGAGGUAAAAUCAUGGAGGACAUGAAAAAUCAAAAUGAAGGUCGAAUCUUGGAGAGAUUCCAGGCCAGAGAAUGGGCGCCAGGCGAUAUCUAUUCUCCGCACGAUCUGAGCCCGACCGAAAUGAAAAAGUGGUCGAAGCGCUGGAGCCCAUCGAACGAUGCUUUUGAUGCGCUGAAUAUCAACCCCCUUGAGCAUUAUAAGAAUUUCUCCAUCAUGUCCGAAUAUAUGACUCCGAUGGGUCGGAUUAAGCAUCGAUCAGCCACAGGCCUGCGACCAGUCAAUCAACGAAAGAUUUCAAAGGCCAUCCGUCGCGCGAUCGGAGUCGGUCUUAUGCCCAGUGUCCACCAACAUCCUGAGAUUAUUGCCAUGGAGCUGAGAGCGAAAAGUCCCAGAGGCGGAUUCGGUCUUUAG